UUUUAUCCAAAGCGACUUACAAAAGUGCAUUUAAAUUAUUAUUAUUAUCAGUGGACAUGUCGCUAUGCUGUUUAUGUACGCAAAACACUGUGCAUUUAUUGACUGCUAUUGCUAACAAUGGUUAGCCCGCAUGUUUCUUUGUUUCUUACAUAUUCUCUCUCUGGAAAGUGGAACACUCUGAGGUGGCGUCACUUGUAAAUGUAACGUAGCAGAAGCAGGCAACCGCCUGAGAACAGCUGUUUACAUCACGGUCUCUCCAUGCUUGGUACUGGUGAAGGAGUAACACAAUUUUUAUUCAAAUUUGAAAGCCAUAGGGCUAAAUAUUAGACACAGUGUUUUCUUAAUCCAGAUUUAGACUAAAACCAAUUUUGGAAGAUUAACAACUACUUAAGGCCAGGCUGAAUGAUCCAUAUUACUGAGAAAAUCUAAUCCUGUUUUUCUUGUGCCAUAAUCCACAUCCCCACAACAUAUGUAGAUGUAUGAUUUUCUUGAGUUACAGAGAGAGAGGGCAAACACUGGGAAAACAUGAGACUUUAAUGAGAGUUGGUUUGUUGUAGGGCCCCCUGUGUCCCUUUUCCCUGGGGCCCCAAAGAGCCUUGAAGCACCCCUGGCCGUUGAUGACUUCACGAUAUAACAAUUAAUUUUCUUGUUUUCAGAAUAAAGUUGUGUGAAGAGACUCAACAUGUUCCCCUGUAAUCUGUGCUGAAUGGGAUAAACCCCCACUACUCCUGUAGGAAGCUGUGAAACACAGUCAAAGUAGGCGGGGGCUUAUUGAUGUUUUCUGUGCCAUGAUUGGCUAGCGAGUGUCGGCGCUGCCAUUCAUUGGCUCCCAGUUCUGUUGUGGGCGGAGUCACGAGCGCUCCCAGGCAGGUAUGUGUGUAGUGAGACUCCGGGAGUCGGCUCGUGUCCAGAGUGGGCGAAGAUGGCGUCGAACAAGAAGGGUGGUGGGAGCAGCAGGCUGGAGAAAGGUGUGAAUGGAAGACGCUCGACCAAACACAGAGAAAGUCCAGUGGCUGACAGUGACCGGAACCAUCUCAACAGAGAGGAGACAGACAAGGACAAAGCCUUGAACUCAGAAGCUGCUGUGAUGGACACCAAGGCAGUGUUUGCGGCCCUGUACGGGGUGUGCGAAGAAAACACCACAUUCUUCUCCGGAGGAGGCAAGGGGUCGCAGGGAGAUGCGGCGCGGCGGCUGGUGGAAGCAAUGAGCUCCAUCCAGGAGCACGCUCGCAGUCUGGAGCCCGUCGUCUCUGGCUUCGCCGCCGUUUACCACCAUUUUGACUUUGACCCACACAUACCUGCUAACGGCUAUCGUUCAUUAGUCAAGGUGGUGCGUUGCUGCCUUCUCCACAUCAUCCACAAGGGGCGCUACAUCACUGCCAACCGCCGCAGCAUCUUUUUCCGAUUAGCACACAACGCGGGGGAGAUGGAGGCCUACUGCAAUGCCCUGUGCCAGCUGCGCGCCCUGCUGUACUUGGCUCAGCGUAUGCUGCACGACAACAGCCACGGUAACCUGUUUUUCCAGGACGAAAGUGGCCUCAGCGAGAGCUUUGUCCGUGAAUACUCGUCCAUGCACAAGGGCUGCUUCUACGGCCGCUGCCUGGGCUUUCAGUUUACUCCAGCUAUCCGGCCCUCCCUCCAGACCAUUGCUAUUGGUCUUGUGGCCUUUGGAGAAAACUACAAGCGUCACCAGUCAGGAAUAGUGGAGGCAGGAGGUAUUGCACCAUAUGGUGUAGCAGCCAGCUCUUUCUUCACCUCAGGGAAAUACGCCAUUGAUCCGGAGUUGAGAGGGGCAGAGUUUGAGCGCAUUACCCAAAACCUUGACGUUCAUUUUUGGAAGGCCUUCUGGAACAUUACUGAGACUGAGGUCCUGUCGAGUCUCGCCAGCAUGACAUCCACCACAGUUAAGGUGAACCGGGCUCUCUCCGUGCCCCCUGUGCCCUUUGACCUUCCCUUGGCAGCCAAUCACAGAGCGUCUGUAACUAUAGCUCCACCGUCGGCUCACAUCGGCACCGCUCCGGUCCAGAUGAGGCUCAUCUCUUAUGACUUGCGUGAAGGACAGGACAGUGAAACUCUUCUAUCUCUCUGCCGCUCUGAGGGAGGAGCCAUCUCUCUGUCGCUGGGGCUGAAAGCCAAGCGCCUCCCUUCUUCUCCGUGCUUGCUGCUCCACUUCCAUGGAGGAGGCUUUGUGGCGCAGACCUCCAAGUCACAUGAGCCUUAUCUGAAGAGUUGGUCCCAGGACCUUGGCGUCCCCAUCUUGUCAGUGGACUACUCUCUGGCUCCUGAGGCCCCCUUCCCGAGGGCGUUGGAGGAGUGUUUCUAUGCUUACUGCUGGGCUCUGAGAAACCACCACCUAUUAGGCUGGACUGGAGAGAAAAUAUGUCUGGCUGGGGACAGUGCGGGAGGCAAUCUGUCCUUGACUACAUCGAUGCGCGCUGCUGCCUUUGGCGUGCGAAUGCCAGAUGGUAUCGUGGCAGCCUACCCAGCUACCCUGCUGACUGCCUACGCAUCGCCCUCUCGUCUACUCACACUUAUGGAUCCCCUGCUUCCACUCAGUGUGCUCUCCAGGUGUCUCAGCGCCUACGCAGGCAAUGAGCCGCAGACUGAGAAGCAGGUAGAGAAAGUGAGCACACUGAGCCUGGUGAGGAGAGACACGGCACUGCUGCUGCGAGAUUUCCGACAGGGAGCCUCCAACUGGAUCCACUCGUUCCUGGAUUCCAGCAGAGCCUCGUCUUCUCCCAGCGAAGCUGCAGAGGCGACACCAGGAGCCACUGAUGCAAUGAGAAAGAGCGUCUCAGAGGCAGCCUUCUCCUCUCCUCAUGCCGACCCUCCCGUCGCCGCCGAGGUCUCCGAGUUCGCCACCAGGAAAUUAUCUGUAAAGAGCCAGACAUGCCAGGACCUGGGAGCUCACAACAGCAAAUCCACUUUCCAAAUUGCACCACUGAUCUCUGAGGAGGACACUACAGAGGAUGUGAAUUUCUUCCUCUGCAAGGACCCAGACCCCUCUGUGUUGAGUGACCUGUCUUUGGUGGCUAUACCGCCACCUGCUGGGGAGGAGGUGUCUGAGUCUGCGGUCUCGAGAGAGUUUCCACGGGGUUUUGAGCCACUGCGUUCAGAGCAGCUGGCCGAGAUGAGGAUGCAGAGCUCUCCUGUGGUCAAAGAUCCUUUCUGCUCGCCUCUUCUGGCCCCUGAUAGUUUGCUGAAAGGACUGCCUCCUGUUCACAUAGUGGCAUGUGCGUUGGACCCCAUGCUGGACGACUCCGUCAUGUUUGCCAAGCGUCUAAGGACCCUGGAUCAGCCCGUUACUCUGUGUGUGGUGGACGACCUCCCCCACGGCUUCCUCAGCCUCUCGCAGCUCUCCAGGGAGACGAGGGAGGCCGCCAACGUCUGCGUGGAGCGGAUUCGCGCCGUCUUCACCCAGGAGGACACUCCCCCGGAGCCACGCAAGCACCGGAAGCUGGAACGGACCGACGGGGGUCUGUCAGCCUUUCCCGGAGAAGCGGCCUCUCUCUUCAUUGGACCCGUUGAAGAAGAGGAGGACGCUGUCGGGCGCGGGGUCAAAGUUAUUGACGAAGAGGACUUAGUUACUGUUGCGGCCCAGAGCAACACUGAUGCUGGUGAAAUUGGAGCUUAAAUGAGGUUAGAUUUAAAUUAAGGGACUGCUAUUCACCCGUGGAGUGAAGGAAGAGACUAAAUCAAAGUAAGACAAAUGUAGGCAGUUUUGUGCCUAAAAGAAGGAACGAUAAAACACAGAAGGAAGGAAGGAAGGAAGGAAGGAAGGAAGGAGGUGAUAAAGGGGAGUGCUGGGCUUUUAGGACGGAAAUCUAACCAUAACACUCCAGUGAAAACAGAAGAGAUCUAACCAUAACACUCCAGUGAAAACAGAAGAGAUCUAACCAUAACACUCCAGUGAAAACAGAAGAGAUCUAACCAUAACACUCCAGUGAAAACCCACGAAAGACACGUUUAAGAAUAACGUGGUCAUUUAGAAGCUACUUAGAUCUAGGACAGCACUCACACACACAUGUAGCGCACAUUUACAGUAAGUAACAGAGCUGCUGUCGGGUUUAAGCAGAGCAGAAGAUUUCUGGAGACGAAGCCUGAAUGGUUGAUUCAUUGAGGCCGAGCCAGUGGUCUGUGGCCCCGGUGAGAAGACCGUGGGCACAUUUUACGCUUCUGUAUCCAGUCGUCUCCCAUCAAAAUGGCCACUUGUCCUUUACAGAGCUGCUCUAAAUCACAUUUAAUAGCUGCACACUGUGUUCUCCAUUACAGUGGUUUGGCAUUCAAUACAGCUCACUCAGUGAAUAAUAAAUGUGUUGACUUUCUCUGUAAUAGAAUUACCAAGCUGAAACACAAAGACGAGCUCCAAAAACUGGACAGACUCAUUUUGCUUAUGUUUUGUUUGCAGGUUUUAAUCUCGUCAGCAACACUAUGCAGUAGUAUUACUUUUGUUAUUUAUAUCUUUUCUGUUUUAUAAACAGUAUAAUCAUUAGAUUUAUAUGUUCUUAUUUGCCCUGUAUACAUUUUUGAACGUGUGAAAUAUUUGACCUCUGCCUCUUUAGCCACAGCUGCUCCGACAUCACUGGACUUGUUGUCAGUGAUGCACACUGAUGACUUAGUUUCCGGUCAUCUCUCCAGAUACUGCCUGGUGCUUUAUUUUUAUUUUAUUUUUAGUGUUGAUGUUUGUUUGUUUGUUGUUAUGCAAAUGUUGCAUUGAGUGAAUUUUGUGGAGUUGCACUGAGAUGCGUUAUCCUCCAAACAUGGACACUACAUGCUUGAAAACGUGGCUCCCGUGGAAAUGGGUCUUUUGAAGAAGUCUCAUCAACAAUCAUCCGUCGUAGGAGCCUGAAAGAGACAUCCUUUUUUAAAAAAGAAAACUGAAUAUAGUCGCUUGACCUUCUCCCUCGGCAGAACUGUAGAGUAGAGGGAGAGAGAUAGUGGCAGCACAAAGCUCAGCCCUGAGCUAUCAAUACAUAUUUUAGACUUCACUGCACUGAUUUACUCCCUCGUUGUUCCUGUUCCUCACCAGGUGUUAUUGCUUAAACUGAUCGUUCUUUCUUUCUUUUUUGAAGUGGAGGGUUUGGGGAACUAACCUGAGACAGUGGGGACAGACGGAGACUUACCUGUGUGUGUUGUCUCAGAAUGCAUUUGUUGCUUUAUUUUGUCACUCUCACACACACACACGUCCUUAGAGAUAGUAAGUGUUACUGCUGCCUCGUGAGACUUGGGUAAAUCCACACACUGAAGUCUGAAAAAUAACACACUUCAGCAUCAACCACUCCUGUGUCCUGUCAUGUUAAAACACUGACUGAUUUAACAUGACAAAGACUGAGGGAGUGUGGUGUGAUGAGUGAAGCAGUCAGCGACGCAGACUUUAGUUUCCUGUUGAAAAAGUCUGUCAGGAUUCGUACCUUUAACUUAACAGCUUCAGAGUCACUGUGACGGGUCAGUGCUUUGUUGUGGGGAGACUUGUCUCCACGCCCCCUACUGUCUGUUUGCAGAAAACCAGCCUCAUCGUCCUCAUAAUCAGGAGGUUUUCAAAGUCUCGGGUCUUGAUAGUGUUAUUAUAGACGUACGUCAUGGAAGAAAACAACACAGACGCAUUCACGUGUCACGCUGACUCCGUGUCAGUCAUCACUCUUCAAAAGAACCCCGAACUAUCCUGUGAACAUGCGUCUGCACAUGUUUGCAGUGUGUGUGUCAGGCGACAGGAGUUCCCGCCUGACAGCCACUUUCCACAGAUCACUUCCUGUAAGGAAGGGCUUAAGGACACUGACCAAGAAUACAGAUUAUAGUAGUUGUUGUGUAAAAGCCGCUGAACUUGUGAUUGAAUGACUGCCAACGCUGGCAGUUGAAAAGUCUUAUUUUUGAGCCUGAGCGCGAUGCCACACGAGCACUUUAGAGUGCAGUAAAAUGUCCUUCAGCGUGUCUGCCCCUCUAUCAGCUGCAACUAAAUAUAGAUGCCAACAAUGCUGCCACUGUGAUGCCCUUGCCUUGGUAACAUUGCUGGGGUUGCCAGGUCUGUAGAUGCUGCUGCUGCUGCUGCUGCUGCUGUGUGAUGAAUAGGAUUUAGCUGACGCUCGGAGUUCAGAAUCCUCCCACCUCAUCUGAAGAAGAGCAGGAUAUUCUGCGGCAAAGUCAGGCUACAAGAUUAGACCAGUGCUCACUUCUGUCAGCUGCGAGUAUUACUGCAAUAUUGUUGGUCAGAUUGAUGAAGGGGAACCAAAGCCGAGACGAGGAGGGAGAAGUCGUACGCUCGUCCUGUCAAAUAUGCACAGACGAGAGGCUGUCUAUGCUGACUCUGCACUUUCACAGUCGUUUGUUUGUCAACAGUGUAUUUUAGGCUUAAACCUGUGUUGACUUUUUCUUUUUCUUUGCUUGGUGCAUGUGGCACGUGGCUUUAGAGGAGCUGUACCAUACUGGAACCCUGUAUUUAGCGUCGUUACCCAACCAACUGUGCCUUUCUUUGUUGCUUAUCUCUCUUAGCAACAGCAAAACAUGGUAAAGCUGUGAAAAACGAGCCUAAACUUCUCAACUUUGGCAGUUUUAUGUGUGUUUUUUCACUAUCUCACACCCGGCACAAAGCAGUGCACACUACAUGUGUCUAGUACCCAUUUGUCAAUGUGCACAAUAGUGUUUAGUGUGUGAUAAACGUAGAGAUGGAACGACAGUUAACAGUGGAGACACAGUUGUUAGCUGUUAGUCUGAUCUCUGCAGCACAGCACAACUGGUUUACGAUAAAUCCACUUCUUCAACACUAACUCGGUCCAUGAAGGCCGGCAGGUUUCAUUACUCAGUAGAGUUGUUUUUAAAGUGUCACAUGAAUGAUAUUGCUGUGUUUUCACCCUCUUCUGACUCUCGACAUUGAUGCUCGUCGCUGCCGACAGACCAGAGCACGUGUGCUGUCGUGGACAGUUUUAUUUUCAGUGUUACCUUUUAGUUUACUUUAGUUUUCUCGUUGGAGACCCAGACGCCGUCGUGUUGUUGCUCCACUGAUGCUUACGUGUGUGUGCGCUAAGCGUAAAUGUGUGUGUGCUCUGUGGUUGUCAGUGUUGCUGCCUCACCGUGUCUCUGUGUGUGUGUGUGUAUGUGUAUAAUCCACAGUGUAUCCGUCUAAUCCUGACAGACUUAGAGGUUUUUAUUGCCCAAUAUGUCGAUGUUUUUUGAUUAUCUACUGUUUUCCCCUCUGAAAGCUGCUCUCACUAGAGGUUUUCUUUAUCCUGAGUAGGUUUUAAUGUAGUGCGAUGCAAAAAAAAUGCAAUGCCGCUGCUGCUGCUGCUGCUGCUGCUGCUGCUGCUGCUGCAAACUUGAACAAGGUAGUUUAAUGGUUACCUCAUUGUUUUUACAGUCAUGCAAUGCACACCAGAUGCACACUGUUGUACAGCUGCAGUUGGCAGGAUCACUGUUGAUAUGGAAAUACUCGCAGCUCGCUGUGCUCAUUUCAUAUGCAACAGAGAAACCAAGGGAAUCCCUUAUCUCUGGAACGCUCUGUUGAUAAGGACAUGGGUUUAUGGACUGCUUUCACACUGGCUGCAUGUCUCCCUUGUUUGUUACAACGCCACCUGCUGUCGGCCACCAGCAGCGUUGUGGACACUACAGAACUAGCAGAACGAUAAGCGAGUAAUGCCGGUAACGUGACGUCGUCCUCAAAGUCUGUCCACCAGAAAGUUAACAUGAAAACACAUCGUGAAACAAGCCGUAGACUCUGCAGCCUCUAUUUUCUUUUCGCUUCCUCUACGUUCACGACCCACAUGUGGAGGGUUUUUUUUUUUGGUUCCUUAAUAUGCAAUAACGUGUCAGACUUCAUUUACCAAACCUCUUAUGCACACGUUCGCUCUUGUCACGGUUUAUUUUGUGAUUUGAUUUAAGAAGUGCGUCCACGUGUAGAAAGUUUGGGAAAUUGUUGAUCAGUUUAUGCUAAAAAAAAAACAAGCCGCCUACUGCACCUUUAAGCGACCACCACUCUACUGUUUCAUUGAAAUAGUAAAAACAACAAUCAGCAUGUUGGUUCUCUCCUCUAAUAUAUGAGAUCAACUAUGGUGGAAGAUAGGAAUAAGACUGACGACGAGGUGAAACAGAAAGUCAUUCUUGACUCUGCAGCCUUUUCAAUCUUCUCUGCGACGAACACACCUUAUGCAUUUAUUUAAAUGAAAGCUGUAGUAUGGGAGUUAAGUGAAGGGUUUUAUAUUCACCAUUUUACAUAUCACUAAACUUUGUAAAUCUCUGUAAAAGAUGAUAUUGAAUAUGUUAGACUGACCUCAGUCCACUCAUAUUAUUUAGUUUCAGUCACAACCAAAGACUGCAGGAGGAGUCAGAUUGUGUAGCAGAUUGUGUUGUCCGCGCUGUUUAGUGUUUGCUGCUAAAUAGUAUGAGUGAAAAUGCAGGUGCCAGUUAUCUGCACUGUAAAAUGCUGUUCACAUCUGGAUUAGGAUUAUUAGCCUUUAAAAAAAAAAAAUCACCACAAGUGCAAACCUGUGAAUAAAAAGAAUAAUGUAUAUUAAACAAUAUACGACUCAUGUAGAUAUUUUUUUAUUUUCAGAUUUGUGAAUCAGAUUGAUUGCUGAUUUAUUGAUUUGUCUUUGUAGGUUUCAUACAAGAGAUGCUGUGUGUGACGCUGAUGCUGGUUUUUUUCUCCUGUUCAUUUUUAUCUAAAUAAAUAUAUUCUCCCAUGAA